CGUGUAUAUAUAUAUAUGUCUAUAUAUAUAUAUAUAUAUAUAUAUAUAUAUACGUAUCUUCGUUUCGCGUCGUCGUUUCGCGACGUAGCCAAAGGGGAACGAGAGAAGUGCGCGUACGUCGAUAAAUAAGAGAAUAAUAAAAGUAAGAGAGAGAGAGAGAGAGAAAGAGUGAGAAGAGAAGAAAAGAGAAGAGAAGAGAAGAGUGGAAGAGAGAGAGAGAGAGAGAGAGAGAGAGAGAGAGAGAGGGGAAAGAACCCGAGUUGUGCGCGUAUCUCGCUAGUGAGUUUCUUCCUCGUUUGAGAGGAAUCGUCCUCGUUUCUUCUUCUUAUUGUUUAUUAUGCGGAUUAAAAGCUAUUCGUAACUUCGCUCUACGUUGUGUUGAAACAGUGAUUGGGAGAAGGAAAAAAAAAGAAGAGGAAGAAAUAAGUAAAGAAAAACACACGCCAUUCAAACGAACGUUUACACACGUAUACACAUUCACUCGCACGAGGAGAGAGAGAGAGGGAGAGAGAGAGAAACAGAGAGAGAGAGAGAAAGAAAGAAAGAAAGAAAGAAAGAGAUACACGCAGAUACACAGUGAAGAAGAAGUAGAAGUAAAUAAGAAACAAAAAGGACGAAAAACGACGAUACGGUGGUGUUCCGCUUGGGAAGUCGAAAAAUGCGAAGGGGACGAAGCGUCGCGUUACGCCGCCUCCUCGUCGUCGUGGCCCUGCUCUCUCUUUCUGCAGCUGCCUACGCUUUACCAGGUAACGACAACAAGCGAUCAAGGACGUGCGACAUCUCGGACGCGAAUAACAUCUCAUGCUCCAAGCAUGAAAGAUGCGUCCAGAAAAAAAUCAAUGAAAAGAUAGAAGGGGUGUGCGACUGCGAACAAGGUUACGAAUACGUAAAGGAUGAUGAGUGCUGGCCUAGUGUAUCGCUGAUUCCAAUUAAUUCGACAACUGUCAGACUGGAUCACGCAGAGGAUUCAGGAGGUAGUUCAGUAGCCGCUGGUCUUUUGAUACCAACCUUCCUGAUAAUAAUUGGCGUCGUACUGUAUUUCGGUGCGAGACGAUACAGAUGGCUCCAACGAUUUCGACAAUAUCGACAACGACGUUACGGCAACGUCCUAGUCACAAGAGACGACGAUGACGAUGACGAUCCUCCAAUAGCGUAAGAAGAAAUGAAAAAUGUUUGGGAAGGAAGAAAAUAAGAGAGAAAGAGAGAAAAGAAUAUACGUAUGUGUAAAAAGAGAGAGAGAGAGACAGAAAAAGAAAGAAAAGAAUGCUUUGAUCGAGACGCACCUGCUCGCCAUGAUAAGAUAGAUCAUCAUCGAUAGACGACUAGAAUAUUUAUAUACAUAUUAUAAUAUGGAAUGUUUCGAUCGCCAGCAAAAUACAGUAAACGUCGCAUUGUUUCUUUCCAUGUGCGUUAUUGUAUGUCGCUCUCGUCGUCUAAUUUUUCUUCUGUAUAAUUGAUUAUUAUUUUUUUUUUUUAUUAUACAUAUACAAGAAAUAACAAAGACUUACGAUCGAGCAACAACAAUUAUCGAACAUAGCAAGUGAAAUUAAUCGAGAAGCCAAAUGUAAAGAGGCACUUGAGCGAGUAACGAUUUUUUUUAUACUAUUCUCAAUAUCAGCGGUAUGUGCCUUCUCUUAUGGUUAAUCCGCUUCUAAUGGUAUCGUUUCCAAUUCUUUAACUAUUAACUAUUCGUUCCUCAUUCAAGUGCAGAUAUAUAUAUAUAUAUAUAUAUAUAUAUAUAUAUAUAUAUAUAUAAUACAUAUAUAUAUACAUAGACAAAAUAUAGACACAUAUUCAAAUUUAAAUGGGUGCAAUGCGACGAACUGCACAUUUGAAAUUCUCAUUAAGAUAUACUAUCAUCGAGUGUAUGAUUUUUUAUAUUAAUAUUAUAAUAAUAUUAAUAUUAGUAUGUUGGUCAAUUUCAUUUAUAUAUACACAUAUAUAUUGUCAAUAAAUUCAAGAAAAUUAAUUAAAGCAACUCAACGAGUUCUACUAUAAACAAGAUGACAACUAUAAUAGAAUCGUAUUGAAUAUCAUUAUCUUUCUAUAUGAUUGUGUGUUUUUGUACUCAAUAACGCAAUGAAUACGAAACACAUAACGCGAUUGUCUGUAUCUGUUGUCAUAACGUAUUGAGUUUAUUCUUAUCGAAUAUUAAGUUCCGAUAAAUAUUUUAAACACUUUGACUAGAUAAAAUAAUGUAUUUCGUGUCUUUUUUUUAUUUUUUCCUAUUUUUUUUUUUUUUUGUAUAAUGAACUAAACAUAUUUUUUGUACGAUAUGAUGUCAUAACCAACGGCACCAUUCUUGUCGUAAUCGCAUUACAUUCGAUGAUUGAAUAAUUAUUUCCUCAUAUAGUCUUGCUGCUUGGAGAAUUAUUUUAAAUCUGGAUGACUCAUAACGAUGAUCUGUCUUAACAAAUGUUGUCGUCGUUUACCAAAGAAUCGGUGAAUUCAAAUGUAACCAUUGGUUCCUUGUCGAGUGGAUGGUGCGAAAUAAUGAUAUAUAUAUAUAUAUAUAUAUAUAUAUAUAUAUGUAUAUAUAUAUA